UGCCGCUAAAAACCCAAACCAUAUUCGACAUAACGCCAGGACAAUGCGACGGAGGGGCAUGCCUUUUGCAGCUUGUGAAGACGCCGGGAUCAACUCUUCCUCCGCUACUUAAUGCUAUUGAGGGUUACACCGUGAUUGAUUUCCCGCAAAUGGAGACAAAUGAAGAUGACGUUGCUGGUAUCAAGAAUGUUCAAGAAACUUAUGGAUUGAGUAGGACCAGUUGGCAAGGAGAUCCAUGUGUCCCCAAGCAGUUUUUGUGGGACGGUCUAAACUGCAAUAACUCAGAUAUUUCUACGCCACCAACAAUCACUUCUUUAGAUUUAUCUGCAAGUGGAUUAACAGGGAUCAUCACGCAAGCCAUUCAAAAUCUUACUCACCUGGAAAAGUUGGACUUGUCAAAUAACAAUUUGACGGGAGAAGUACCUGAAUUUUUAGCUAACAUAAAAACACUCUUGGUCAUAGACUUAAGUGGUAAUAACUUCACUGGCACGGUUCCUCCCUCACUUCUUCAGAAGAAAGGAAUGAUGUUAAAUGUUGAAGGAAACCCUCAUCUUCUUUGCGAAACUGGUUCAUGUGUGAACAAAGGAGAGGCUGGAAAGAAGAAAAAGAGUAUCAUUGUACCAGUGGUUGCAUCAAUUGUUUCGAUAGCUGUUCUUGUAGGUGCAAUCGUCUUGUUCCUUGUUCUCAGAAAGAAAAAGGCAUCAAAGGUUCAAGGGCCAGCACCAUCAUAUAAGCAAGCCUCAGAUGGUAGAUCAUCUGAACCGGCAAUAGUGACAAAGAAUAGAAGGUUUACUUACUCAGAAGUUAUGACAAUGACAAAUAACUUCCAAAGAGUCCUUGGGAAAGGAGGUUUUGGAAUCGUUUAUCAUGGUUUUGUCAACGGUACAGAACAAGUAGCUGUUAAAAUGCUCUCCCAUUCAUCAUCGCAAGGAUAUAAAGAGUUCAAAGCUGAGGUAGAACUUCUUCUUAGAGUUCAUCACAAGAAUCUGGUAGGUCUUGUUGGGUAUUGCGACGAAGGAGAGAACUUGGCUCUUAUCUAUGAAUACAUGUCCAAUGGAGAUUUAAAGGAACAUAUGUCAGGAGCACGUAACCGCUUUAUAUUGAAUUGGGGAACUCGACUAAAUAUAGUCGUCGAUUCGGCACAAGGACUUGAGUACUUGCAUAGUGGAUGCAAACCACCAAUGGUUCAUAGAGAUGUCAAAACUACAAAUAUAUUGUUGAAUGAACACUUCCAGGCCAAACUUGCUGAUUUUGGACUUUCGAGAUCAUUCCCAAUCGAAGGUGAAACUCAUGUGUCAACAGUUGUUGCUGGAACUCCUGGAUAUCUUGAUCCUGAGUACUACAGAACAAACUGGUUGACAGAGAAGAGUGAUGUUUAUAGUUUUGGGAUUGUAUUGUUGGAGAUGAUCACAAACCGACCCGUGAUAGACCAAAGCCGUGAAAAGUCACAUAUAGCAGAAUGGGUGGGAGUAAUGCUGACAAAAGGAGACAUCAAAAGCAUUAUGGAUCCAAGUCUCAAUGGAGAUUACGAUUCUGGUUCUGUGUGGAAAGCUGUUGAACUAGCAAUGUCUUGUCUCAAUCCUUCUUCAGCAAGAAGACCAACAAUGUCUCAAGUUGUUAUUGCAUUAAACGAGUGUAUUGCAUCUGAAAAUGCAAGAGGAGGAGCGAGUAGGGAAAUGGACUCGAAGAGUUCUAUAGAAGUGAGCUUGACCUAUGGUACUGAAAUGAGCCCAGCGGCUCGAUAG